AUGGGCCAGGACCAGAGUCGCGCAAAGGCCUGUCAGCUUGGACAGGCUGAAACAGGCGGCACAGAUCGCAGUGUGUCUGCCGGCUCCGCCUCGGCUGCGCCUUGGGAGGCCCCCGUCUCACUUGCUGGCGUCGAGGGCUUCCAGGUGGUGCGACUGCUGCCGGACAGCCCUGCUCACAAGGCUGGCCUCAUCCCCUUCUUCGACAUUGUCACUGCUCUUGACAAGGUUCUUCUCGAGUCAGAGGGGAAGGCGGCGCUGUCGUUCUUCAAGAGCUACGUGGCCAACCACCGCGACCAGCCCGUCUGCUUCACUACUUUCAAUCUGUACAGCCGCACAUACCGCGAUGUUUACUGCGUCCCGUCGGACGAAUGGGGCGGUGGUGGCUUGCUCGGGUGCAGCAUCGAAUGGACUCGCGCGGACGCCUGCCCAGAGCGUUGCGUGCACGUUGUUGACGUGCUGGAGGGCAGCCCUGCCGCGUGCUCUACAGAGCUGCAGGCAAAUCGGGAUUACAUUAUCGGUAUGCAGACUGUCCAGGAGACACUCAUCACACUCAUAAAGAGCCAGAAGGAUUUCUACUGUCGACUGGAGGCGUGGCACGAGGAGCAGCGCUGGGCGCUGGAGCGGAAGCAGUUCUUCCCAAAUGAGAGGGUGGAGGUGCCGCAUGUGCUGCUCUUCCUGGUGUACAAUAGUGAGAGCAACACGAUCGAGGAGGUGGAGGUGGAGAUGGGCACUAACCCAGAAGCAGCGGUAGGCAUCAGCGUCGCCACGGGCCUGCUGCACAUCAUCCCCUCAGUCGCCACCGCCGACCUUGCCGUCGGGGCUUCGCUGCCAGUCAUGAGCAAAUUCGCCUCUGUCGGGCACAGCGUUGUAACGCCAACCAGAGCGCAGCAGCAGGAGCACCAGCUUCUGCAAGACGUUUCUCUUACCCCAGCUGUGGGGGCUGCGCCUCAACCGCGAGAGCAGUCUCAAGAGUCAACGGGCUCUGCGCAACCACUACCAAGCUUGCCCUUGCCGCAGGAGGCGCAUGCGCGCUGCGCCGUCGUUGACUCGCCAGAAGUGCACACGAUGACUAACCCGCACGAGCCGCCGAUGAACUCGUGUCCACAACCGUGCCCGCCACGGCCGCAGCUGCAGCAGCAAUUAACGGAGGCCGCCCUCUACUCAAUGCCCUCGCUGGCCUCCUUCAAUGUAGCCCCACCGCCGCGUCACGAUGCGGCUGGGGGAACCGCCGCUGCCGCCGUGGAAAUGGGGCAGAAGCCGUUCAACCCUUUUGCGGAGGAGGCGUCGCCGGACUAUGACGUGCUGGAGGGUGCGCCGCUGGCACACGAGGGCGUGAUGGCGGCUGAACACCACCUGGGGCAGCAUGCACCCACGAUGGAACAGCCAUACUCAUCGUCUUACCCGCCACUAUCGUCCCAGUCCCCGCCGCUUUCAGGGAGUCUUCCCGCCCAGAUGAACGGCUCUCACAACCCCGCCACCGCUCUGCCAUCUUAUUCUGCACCGCCUCCACCACCACAGCAGCUGCACGUAACAACUAUGCCCACGUUCUCCAGUCAGCGCAUGCCCCCUCCACUGCAGUUUCCAGUGUUCCCUGGUGCAGCCGCAGCAAAGAGAGCUCCGGCGUAG